GUCCCUUCUCCGCUCGCGCAAGGAAUGUGCUUGCGUUGCGCAGGAAACCGCUAGUUUCUGAAGACAAAUGCGGUGGCUGCAUUGUGAACCGUAUUAAAGUCACAAUUUAAUAGAAAGCCACCAGAAGAUUUAAAAACAUAGCUUUAUAAAACCUUUCCCAGCAGCCACUUGGAGUAUUUUUUGUGGAGCGGGGUCGUUUAUCGUUUAUCUGAGGACUUGGGUUUUAUAUUUCACUCAGCGACCGUUGACUUUUGUCACACUGUUGUGUCAGUAUAAAAACCUACUUUGCAAGUCUUUUUUUUUUCGUCAGAAAAGAGGAUAACGCAUUGAAGAUGUCCGUGGCGGGCUUAAAGAAACAGUUUUACAAAGCUAGCCAGAUGGUGAGUGAGAAGGUUGGUGGUGCUGAGGGAACUAAACUGGACGAGGAGUUCAAGGACCUCGAGAGAAAAGUAGAUGUGACAAAUAAAGCUGUGAUAGAAGUCAUCUCUAAAACAUCAGAGUACCUGCAGCCUAAUCCAGCAUCUCGUGCAAAGCUCUCCAUGUUGAACACCAUGUCUAAGAUUAGAGGGCAGGUGAAGAGUCCAGGUUAUCCACAGGCAGAGGGGCUGCUGGGAGAAUGCAUGACGAAGUAUGGCAGAGAACUUGGAGAGGACACAAACUUUGGUGGUGCUCUAGUUGAUGUUGGUGAAAGUAUUAAGAGGCUAGCAGAGGUGAAGGAUUCAUUAGACAUUGAUGUCAAACAGAAUUUCAUCGACCCUUUACAAGGCCUGGCUGACAAGGACUUGAGAGAAAUACAGCACCAUUUGAAAAAGCUUGAAGGACGCAGGCUGGAUUAUGACUAUAAGAAGAAACGUCAGGGGAAAAUUCCAGAUGAAGAGGUCAGGCAGGCUCUGGAGAAGUUUCAUGAAUCUAAGGAGGUGGCUGAGAUCAGCAUGUACAAUCUUCUGGAAACUGAUAUUGAGCAGGUGAGCCAGCUGUCGUCACUGGUUGAGUCUCAACUGCAGUACCACAGGCAGGCUGUUCAGGUCCUGGAUGAGCUCUCUGACAAACUCCGAGACAGGAUGAAAGAAGCUCAGUCACGUCCUCGUAAAGAGUAUGUGCCCAAGCCCAAACCUAUAAUUGACUUUGGAGACACCAACGAACAGUCAAAUGGUGGCUUCGCCCCAACAUCUUCUCCACCCAUGCGCAAUGCAGAGCCAUACCACCAGUUUGGCAGAAUAUCCAUGUGGAAACCCAGAUUGCCAGCUGAGCAGCCAUGCUGUAAAGCGCUCUAUGACUUCGAGCCGGAGAACGAAGGUGAAUUGGGCUUCCACGAGGGUGACAUCAUCAAUCUGACCAAUCAGAUUGAUGAAAACUGGUAUGAAGGCAUGCUGCGUGGCCAAUCAGGAUUUUUCCCUCUCAACUACGUGGAGGUGAUCGUUCCUCUGCCACACUAAGAAGUCUUCAUUGAGGAAAAGAGGGGGAGAGAGAGAAAGAGCAAUAAAAAAGUGAAAGGGAGAAAGCUGGAGGGAAGUGAGGUAGGGAGAAAGGAACCAGUUGAAGUCAUCUUGGUCUUCAUCCUCACCACAUCGUUGCCGUUGAUCCAAAUGUACCUGUACUCUGGCACUUUUACACAUUGAUUUAUUUUUUGAAGGAGGGAACUUUGGGAAAUGAUGACCUUUCACAUUCCAGGACUGACUGACUGACCGGUUGACUGACAUAUGGAAGUAUAACCUGGUGCUUAAGCUAAAAUUUCAGACACACUAACUCACUUCAUUGUCCAGGUCUUUCUAAUAAUGUCUCAUACUGUUUGUGCUGCAUUAACUGAAAAGAAAUGACUACAGACUAUGAUGUGCCUGUGAUAAAAUUAUCAUACUUUUAAAGAGUAGACAGGCUAUUCUUAAUCAGUACAAAUUCUCAAUUGUUGGAUUGUGAAAAGUUGCGUUUUGACUCGACUGGUCCCCUUACUGCCCCUGCUGGUCAGGCUGCAACAUUGACCUUCUUCAGAUUAAGGAGAAACUGCCUUGUAUCUGUGAUGAACACGUAAGCACUGUGGGACUGUGCGUACAGUGUCCCAAUGUGCAGCAAUCCUGAGCCACAGACCUGUAGAGAGGAAUUAGUCCUUUUUUACGCUCCAUAAUUUUAACACUUUUCUAUAGCUAUUUGUCAUCUAAUAUGUUUUCAUGUAUAUUUUUUACAAGAUAAUAGAAAUUAGACGCUGAAUUGCACCUUGCAUUAUGUGGUAAAGGUGAGCUAAAACACCUAAGGCAGUGAUUUUCAAACCGGUCCUGCGAGCAUCCCCAGCACUGCACAUUUUCGAUGUCUCCCUUAUCUAUCACACCUGAUUCAACUCAUCAGCUCAUUAGUAGAAACCGCAAGACCUGAAAUGGGUGUGUCA